UGAGGUUUAAGAGCCUGGCAUCAUCGACAUUAAAAGGCAUCAAGGCAAGCGGAAAGCCGGGUCCUACCAUUGCUCUCAGGUUGACCUAUAACCAGGGCAUUUUCCGAUAUUCAUGCCGACAAGCAUCGUUGUGAAUCGAUAAGAAGGAUGAAGCAACAAACAAGUCUCCGGUCGAGGCCCCUGCCCUUGGAGGGGAGGUGCCCCGCGUAAAGACCCGCCUAUACAUGGGAAGGCCCUCGUUCAGUUUCAGCAUUCACCAAAUCUCGUCAUAGCGCGCCUGCGGCAUUUCGUCAGACGUCUAGAGUUUUUAUCAAUGCACACCAGUAAUAGCAGCGCUAUUUCCUUUUCCGGUUUAAGAGUGACUCGGCAGAACGCCGGUGAUCGACAAUGUUAUCUUGUUGUGGCACACACCCACAGGCGCAGAACUGUCCAAUAGAGCCUAUCCCGUAUUCAUAAGCGAAUAAUCACUGAGUACGGAAAGUAACGUGUUACUCGAUGAAUAGGAUUAACAUGCAUUUAGCUUUUUUUUUCUGCCUAUCCGGACGUUAUACCUCUAUUGGAAGUAUCACUGGCAAAUCACUUUGGCAACCACAGUUGCACGUCACCCCCCACUUUGCGGAUGCUGACUGAUGGGACGAAAGGCAAGUUCAUCUUAAACCCUCUCAUCCUGGCCACAGCUGAUCAAGCUUGCACUUUGUUUAUUAGGCCACGACAAGCGUUGUCUAUCCAGCAAACGGACGAAUGCCGUUCGUAGUCGUAGCGCGUCAUAAACGAACGAGCAACGUUCAGAAAGAUGAACGAAUCGUUCGAACUCUCGCUGAGAGCACCAAAUCAUUUGAAAGUGUCGAGCUGUUGUAUGUACUAUUAUGGUAUGUCGUAUUGAAUAGGUAAGUUGGAUUUUCCAUCAACAGUACCAGCGUGUGACUGAAGAUUUUUAUUGUGUGCGGCACUUGUUGGCGGCAGUAGUAACUUGGCGCGUCCGGUGCGCCGCCGAAAGCGUAUCCCAGUGGAAGCGGCGGUGGUGACGACAGAAGCAGCGGCAGCCAUCGGAACGACCACUUUUACCAUUACCAUCACUACACCAGUACGACGAGAAGCACCGCCGUCGCGGUGAGUGGCCGCAGGGCCCUGAGGCACCACAAUCUGAAACGCGGCGAAAUAAACAUCUUGGAACAAUGAUUCAGCGCGUGCAAUAGCGGCACAGGCGACCUACGACUGCUCAACUACAACGUUAAAAGUUCUGCCGUGGACAUCAAUACCAACAAAUAACGAAAUCGGCCAUAACCGACGGAGCUUUUUUACACUACUAAAAUUAUAAACAGGGCAACUUCACUCACGAUGAUCGCAGGAGCAGUAAUCAAAUAGUCGUUCUUUCUUCAAUAACAGCGAGCACGUCUUUAUCCGUCCGUAAUCGCAGUAUAAAAGUUUCGGCCGCCCGUUCCUGCGGCGGCUUAAGCAGCAGCCAGUGACGUCAGCCUGGGCCCUCGGUGAGAGGGACGUCGAACAGCUCUGCUACAGCCUAAGUCCAUCCCAACACCAAAGUUCUCCGAUCUUGUUGUCACUGAUCGGUGUGUAUCAUUCUAUGUGUGCUUGUCUCAGUGAUGAUGGAGCAGUAAUGCCCUCGGCGGCAAUGCUGAGUCGUGAUACGUUGUGUGCAUGCUGGUCUGCCCGUGUAAGUAGUACGCAGAGAAGAGGGCAGGGAUCGCUGUACACCAACAAAUAGUGUAUACACAAAUACACACAUGGAUGUAUAGUGAUCGACUGAAGUCUAUAUGUAUGUACACACUGUUGAAACGGACCCUGACACUAGCGAGCAUAUAAUUUAUUAGGCAGUUCGAAAAGUGUAACUCCGCAAACAUAGUGAAAGAUCCAAGACGACGAUUAGCAUUAUGGGUGCAGCGUUUCGAACCCGCCAAGGCCGUUAGCGUUAGAUGAGAAUGCAAAGUGUCACCUGUGAAUAGUGAAGGCUCGCUUUUGGAAAAACAUGGACAUUGGAAACUCUGAUCGUCAUCUUCGACACUGCCAAUUAGACCUAGGUAUUGAACACCAUCACGAUGGAGAAGAUCCUCGGCUGCUACACUCCUGCCUUGAUCGAUUUCUCCUGUCUGUUCGUCUAUGUGCAGUGUUUGCGAUUGGAGUUUUCGUGGUCGUGCUUUUGUGCAUGCUUUCUCUGUGGACUGACGGCGCGAUCUCGGCUCCCCUUCAAAGCAGCAGUGGCCGAGGCAGCGGUCACGUCAUCAACGGCAUUCCUACCUGGACGUCACCGUGCGGUCAGGACGGGCUGGGAGAUAUCCCUGAAGUUAAGACGUGGAGCCAGCUCCAGUCACUCCUACUUGAGAUCGGUCGCCACGCUCGAAUAAGCAGUUUGGAAGCUGGCCACAAGAAAAAACUCUUCUUGGAAAAUCGAUAUAACGACUCAACAUCGUUUGAGAGUCUUUAUCAACAAUAUGUUCAUGACUGGUUGCCACGGCCACCUGCAACCCCAGAGGACUUUGAGAAGACCUUUGAAGAGAUGAAUGUAACGACAGCAUUUCGCAAGGUCUACGGAUAUCUGCAGCACUACGCGGUGGGCCUGGAGCAGGCGACGCUCGAUCAGAUGUUCACCCGCAAAGGCGGGUUCGAUGGCCACUUCAGGGAGGUCCAAAACUCACUUAAGCAGCUGCUAUGUGAGUUCGAUAUGAGCAUCAGCAUGCUCAAAAUCCGUAAAGAUCCCGAUGUGCUUCGCGAUGUUAUGUCAGUGGAGCAACGUAAGCCAGUCGACGCAUUGGGAGAGCACCAGAUCAUGCUUAGGGACUACGUAAUCUUACGUGACUUUAUCAGCAUAACAGAAUACGUCAGCCGCCUCUUUACACGUCUCGCUAAGCAUCCUGAAAAGCGGCCUGAAAAUGUGCUCAACGCAAAUCGAACAAAGUCACAUUAGGACAACAAUUUACCCCUAUAUAUAUAUAUAUAUAUAUAUAUAUAUAUAUAUAUAUAACGUUGACGUGAAAAG